GCAUAAAAAAAUAAACAAAUUUACUGCACUGAGAAAAUUUUGGGGACAAUGCUGCUCCGGUAGGUGACACUACUGCGUUAAAUCAAGAGCUGGAGCGCAACUUUACCUACGAUUCGCAGCCGCCCGGAAAAAAAGUAAGAAACUGUUCUCAUGGACUUUACUCCGUGCUCAUGGAACUGAUCCUUACCUUUCCAAAGUCAGAAUCAGCCCCGUGAGGAGUACAUGCUGCCUUUUGCGGAGCGGCUGCGAAUCGUGGACAGAGAGUGCCAGCGACUCUUAUGAAAUUCCGCAGCGUCCCCAAAAUUUUCUCAGUGUUCGAAUACAGAUUGUGGCAAUACGAAUUUUACUUAGCGCGAUCAGUGUAAUUUGUGCAAGAGCGCAAAACCUGUGGGAAUGGGAGGUGGUGGAGGAGUUCACGGUGGAAGAGGUGGCGGUGGCGGAUUCCGAGGAGGAGAUCGCGGAGGUCGUAGAGAUAUGGGCGGAAGAGGUGGUGACCGAGGUGAUCGUGGAGGAGACCGAGGAGGUCGCGAAAGCUGCAGAGGAAAUGUACACAGAAGCUGAAGAGGUACAAUGAGAGGCACAUUAGGAGAAAGAUAUCGCGAUCGUCAACGACCCUAUUAACUCUCCACGAAUAAAGAUAAUGCAGUCGCGUAAAAUUUUGUAUAGCAUGUAUGUUUUUGAAAUGACACAAACAUGUACGGUGUUUUUUGUGUUUAAUUGAAAAAAUGUUUGUACUUGCAAUAUUAAUUGACUAGUGUAAAAACAAUCAUUAAAUAAUUUUUAAAGUCUUAACAGUAAAUUUUUUAAUUUUUGAUUUUUUAAAAGUUUUGUCAGUCAUUGUCAUCAAAUACGAAUUAAAUUAAAAUACGACUGUUAACGUAAAUAAUAUUUGACAAAUUAGUUGGAUUAAGUUUGGAAAAUAAUUUGAAAGAUAUGUCUCAAAAUCAGCAUUAUUAUGUUGUGUAAUAUUUUUCAAAACUAGAUUUGAACACUUAGCUGUGUAAAAAAAUAUCUACAAAUAAACAAUUUAAUACAAAAUUUUGAAAUAAAAUCCGACAUUCGUAGUUUUUUUCAGAUUUAAAUUUUGAGAAAAUAGCGUUUUCAUCAUUCAUUAUGAUUUUUUACCUUUUCAAAGUUCCUGACCAUUUUUUUUCUAUUUCUUGUAAUUGAAUAAAUAAUUUACUA